AUGGCUACCACAUCUGACACCGCCAACUCUACACCUCUUGAUGAAACAGAACUUGCUAGCAAGCUUUUAACACCAUUCCGCAAGGAGGCCAUUUCCUAUCGGCUUCGCAGAGAGGUCGAAGCCAUGAACUACGUACGAAGUCACACCUCGAUACCUGUGCCUUCAAUUCUCGACGUGCAUUUCGGCGUGAGCGACCAUGAGCCGGGCUGGAUUUUAAUGGAACGAGUCCCAGGACGACAGCUGGACGAAGCAUGGCCCAUCAUGACAGAAACAGCAAGGGCACAGGCGAUCUCUGAGCUUCAAUCAUAUUUAUGCCAGUUGCAUCGCCUUCGCCCGUCUGGAUCUGGCUGGAUUGGCUCUUGUUCUGGAGGGCCCGCUUAUGACCAUCGGCUGGAUAAUAUGUCUACCUGUGGCCCAUUUGCGUCUGUCGCCAAAUUUCAUGACUUCCUUGUUGAACCCGUCAAGAAUUGUCCACGGCCUGAAUUGGUGGCUAAAUAUCGCAACAUGCUCCCUGAUGACUAUUGUAUAACAUUUGCGCAUGCGGAUGUCUCAUGGGAGAACAUUCUUCUUGAUCCUGCCACAGGCUCUGUUACCGGAAUUGUGGAUUGGGAAAUGGCGGGUUUCUGGCCAGAGUGGUGGGAAUAUAGAAAGGCAUUGUUUGGUUCUCGGCCUCGACAAUGGUGGAUCGAUAUUGUAAAACAAAUUAUGAAGGAGUAUCCGCUAGUAACUGAGGCUGAUAUGGACAUCGAAAUGUUCUAG